UGUGUGUGUGUGCAUGUGUGACUCCUGGUGACCUCUUUUGACAAUAACAACUUUUGUCUCGUUCUCACUGGGAGAGAUUAGCAACGCAUAAACUCGCAGUCCCAUGAUGCCUUUUUCAUUUGCUUCCUACCUAUUCAUCGCUUUAAUGCUCUCCGACCACGGCGUUGUGGGGAAAAUGCGACCCCUUAAUGAUGACAGUGAUGGGAUCCCGUGGUCGGAGGAGCGGGUUAUGCGAAAGGUGCUUUACCUCUCCCUAAAGGAGUUUAGGACUGCACAAAAACGGCAGCUGGAUGGGGAUGGAACCACAAACUCUAAUGGUUCCCUCGCCAAUGGGCAGCUCAACGGCUCGGGGUCAAAGGGCAGCCACAAAGAAGACGGGUCGUUGCGCCGUCAGGGCCUGAAAGGAAGUGGCGAGUACUGCGAGGACAGUCCUGCAAAAAAGAGGCCUCGGCUCCAGGCCCAGAGGAAGUUUGCCCAGUCGCAGCCCAACUCGCCCAGCACUACGCCCAUUAAAGUGGCUGACUCGGGCGGCCUGAACGCCGGCCUGUCCACGGUGCCAUCCACGUCCCUCUCGUCCCUCUCCGCUUCAUCCCUGUCCUCCUCCAUCCAGGACCUCUCCAGGCGCAAGCCCAAGACGGAGGACUUUCUCACCUUCCUCUGCCUCAGAGGUUCUUCUGCCUUGCCCAGUAAUAUGGCCUACUUCGGAAGCUCCCAGGAGGAGGAGGACCUGGAGGAAGACGACGAAGAGGAGGAGGAGGAGGUGAGGAAUGGAGGUGGCGUACACUCUGCGGGAAGCAGCAGCCAAGCCUCGGCUUCUUCCUCCUGCCACUCGACACCCCGCAAGGGCAAGCUUCCCGCCAGGCAGCCGCUUAAUGGGCACGGUAAGGAUGGCGUCAGAGUUUCUAAAGUAAACGGGCUGACACGGGCGGGCUCGGCACAAGCCGUCAAUGGUGCCAAAAAGAGCCGCGACUUCCGACUGCCCUCCAAAACUGUGAAGAAGUACACAGCCACCGUGUCCAAGGGCCACGUCACCUACACCAAAGCCAAACAGAAAGAACUGGGCAAGAAAACCAAACUCAGCAGCAGCAACAAACACAACAGCGCCGCCUCGGCACCAUCGUCAGCGAACAAUCACAAUCAGCACAGCCAGCCAGCAGCCAGCAAUGGGCUGGCCAACUCAGGAAAAGCAGCGGCACCAGCCCACCACAGCAAUGCAAAAACCCGCAAACAGGUGCUACUAUCCAAUGGGCUGCACAAUGUGGCUGCCGGCGGCCGUCCCAACGGCAGGCUAAAUGGGCAGCGGCACAACACCCUGGCCAAGGAGGAUGCGCAGAAACUGUGCCAGCAGGGCCAGGGGGAGUGCCAUGGUCGAGAAGGACUGCGGAACUCCAAGCGGCGUCUGGAGGUGCUGCUCAACUCGGUGGGGACGGGGGUGGUUGAGCACAAAGCCAAAACACAUGGCACUGAGGCCAAGAAGGCCAAGCUCCAAUCCACUCCUUUGGAAACCCGCAGCAGCAGCAAGAAGGUGGCCAAUCAAGAGAAAGCCACCACGCAAAACACCUCGUCUACUACUCCAAUUUCUAAUGGACACGAAUCAGAAACACCCCCUUCUCCUAAACAAACUCAACCUGUUACCCCACCUCCAUCUUCUACUCUCUCUCCUCAACAAACCCUGCCUCCUUCUACACCAGCAGCCAACGCGGAGCCGGUGAACCAGCGACCUAAGCGGGCAUCGGCUGGCAAGCUGAUGUUGAUACGACAAGCACAGCAGCAGAGCAGGUCUCAUGGUCGGAGUGCCUCCUCCCCCUCAUUAGGCCAGAAUCACUCACCGAACCCCAGUCACGUCAGCACUACCUCAGACCCCCAACAAACCUCUGUGUCCUCCUCCACCUCUUCUCCUCUUACUUCCACCAACAGCCCUGGACAGCUCAAACCGGCAGCAUUGCGGGCUGUUGACCGUGACAAGGAGUGGGAGCGUGAGAAAGAGCUGACGCGUCAGAAGGAACGCGAGCAAGAGAAGGAGUGGGAGCGCCACCGGAGUAAGCCGGAGGGCUGGGCAGCCCUGGGUGAAGUCCCCAUUUUCCGGCCGGCUCCAAGGGAGUUUCAGGACCCCCUGGUGUACUUGGAUGCAGUGAGGGAACAGGCCGAGGUGGCUGGCAUGUGCCGUGUGGCGCCACCACCAGACUGGCGACCAGAGUGUAAGCUGAGUGAGGAGAUGCGUUUUGUUACACAGGUGCAGAGAGUCCACAUGCUGGGCCGGCGCUGGGGCCCCAAUGUGCAGCGGCUGGCUUGCAUCCGCAAGCACCUUAAAUCUCAGGGCAUUACCAUGGAUGAGCCACCUGUCAUUGGUGGCUGCGAAGUGGACCUGUCUCGUUUUUUCCAGCUCAUCAAUGACAUGGGCGGCAUGCAGCAGGUGAUGGACCUGAAGAAGUGGACCAAGCUCGCCGACCUCCUGCGCAUCCCCAAGUCUGCACAGGAUCGGCUGGCCAAGCUGCAGGAGGCUUACCUGCAGUACAUCUUGUCCUACGACUCACUCGGUGCUGAGGAGCGCUUGGGACUGCAGACUGAUGUGCUGCAGGAGAAAAAGGACCUGGAGUCUCGCCGCGGCCCUUUGGAGGGCCUCGCAGAUUCUUCAGCGCCUGGCGCUUUCUCUCUGCCGCGCUACGAGCCCAAAAAUGGGCUCGUGGGCGGGAUAGUGGGAGGGGCAACAGGAAACCACCGCACCAAUGGAGUGUAUCACCAUCUGAAGGAACUGGAGGCUCAGGUCAAAGCGGGCCGGCGCCGGCUCUUCGCUCAGGAAAAACAAGGCAAAGAGGACAGGCAGCAUGCGGAAGAGCAGGAGGUGGAGGACAGGGGUGUUCUCAGUGACCAGCACAAAUGUAUUUACAAGGGGAAAUCGGUGUCUUUGACCAACUUCUUCAGGAUAGCGCGGAACACCAUGACCAUGUGCUUUAACAAGGAACCGUCUGCUGCUGAGGUUGAGCAAGAAUACUGGAGGAUUGUGGAACAGAGAGAUUGCCAUGUGGCAGUGCAUUGUGGGAAGGUGGACACCAGUACACAUGGCAGUGGUUUCCCCACAGGAAAGUCAGAGCCAUUUUCAAAACAUGGAUGGAACCUCAAUGUCCUCCCAAAUAACUCUGGAUCCAUACUGAGGCAUCUGGGUGCUGUGCCUGGGGUGACCAUUCCCUGGCUAAACAUUGGCAUGGUCUUUUCUACCUCAUGCUGGUCUCGAGACCAAAAUCGCCUUCCAUAUAUUGAUUACUUACACACUGGUGCUGAUUGCAUUUGGUAUUCUAUCCCUGCUGAGGAGAAGGCUAAGCUGAACAAGGUGGUCCAUACACUGCUUCAGGCCAAUGGCACGCCAGGACUAGAGAUGCUGGAGAAGAAUAUCAUGAUAUCUCCAGAGGUGCUGUGCCGUGAAGGCAUCAAGGUUUAUCGUACUGUCCAGCGGAGUGGCCAGUUUGUGGUCUGCUUCCCCGGUGCCUUUGUCUCUAAAGUGUGCUGUGGCUACAGCGUGUCAGAGACGGUGCACUUUGCCACACCACACUGGAUGAACCUGGGUUACCAGGCCGCAAAGGACCUGAAAUGUCGUUGUAUAGCCAAACCAUUCUCAAUGGAGAAGCUACUGUAUCAGAUCGCCACAGCUGAGUCCAAGAGGGACAACGGCCUACUCCUCACCACCAUCUCCACCCUUCUCAAAGACCUCAGGAACAUAGAGAUGCGCCAACGUCAGGAACUUUACAAGGCAGGUUUGCUCUCCUCUGCCCGUUAUGGCACACACGAUGGCAGCCUGGGACCCAUCGAGGGACGUAAGAAGCCUCGCGGCAAAUGGCUGACACUGGAGUCCUCAGAGAGGCGCUGCCAGAUCUGUCAACAUCUCUGCUACCUGUCCAUGGUGGUUCGGGAGACUGACAAUGUGGUCUUUUGUCUGGAGUGUGCCCUGCGCUAUGUGGAGAAGCACAAAUCCUGCAGAGGCCUUAAGAUGAUGUAUCGAUAUGAUGAGGAGCAAAUCAACAGUUUGGUGAGCCAGGUGUGCGGACGAGCCAUGUUGAAGAACGGAGGAAGCAUCGACGCUGGAGGAGUCAUUGUUAGUGGCGGAGGAGGGGACCCCUGCCACGGCUUAAGCCCUGCCAAAGCAUCGCCAGCCAAGCGAGGACCCCGAAAACGCGCCACCGUAGAGGUGUCCCUGGCCCGCCUGUCGUCCAGCCACAUGCCCAAGGCCGCUGCCGUGUCCUGAGGCGGGACGCCUCAACAUUGCCACCCAUGUGUGCUGUGCCCACAUCCCACCACACCCCCUCCACUUCUCUGAAUCCCCGUGUUUUUGUUUUUCCACAGUAAGGAGGAUCCCUAUCAAACCGCUCCUUCUUCACCGCCCGAUGUUAGAGAUUGUUUUUGAGCUUUGAAGACCCCCCUUGCCUGACCUCAGUCUCCAUCUCUUUAAUAAGCAAGAGAUUCUCCUCUCCUUUAGUAAUGACAGGCUUGUUAUAAGGAAAAGGAACUAAAAAGAGAAAAGCAAGAUGUCUUUUUUGCACUAGUGUGAAAGAAGAAUUUGUUUUUAUUUUGGAUGAUUUUAGAACACACACACCUCUCUCUCUCCGAGUCAAUAUUGAAAGCAUUAAGUAUAAUGUUCACAGACUUGACAGGCCUCAUUUUACCCUUUAGCUCCACCUCCACCCUUCCUCAGCUGAUAGGAGGUUACAAUAAUUACCUUUUUCUUGCAUCACACUUUCCUGCCCUCCUCUCACCCAUGAUACUGAUACAUCACAUGUCCCUCAACUGUGAACACAGGAGGAAUGAAAAGGCGGCCUUCCCCCCACUCACCACCGCUCCCUCCCUCCCAUGAUUUUGUGAAAUGAAAAUGACAUCAAGUAGUUGCCCAAAGUUUCUCUCUGUCCUUUAUUUGAGGAAGAGGAAUCACUUUUAAUGUAUUCUUGAUGCAGUUCUUGCCUAUUUUUUCUUUCUUUUUUAAUGAAAUGUGGGUUGGAGAUGCAAGGUAAAAAAAACUUGAAAGACAGAUGAUGUUGGUUUACUGUUGGUUGGCUACAAUUUGUUUUUGUUUUUUUUCCCCAAGUUCAGUUUAUGAAUCUUAGCUUUCUUUUUUCGAUAGUUUUGUUUUGUCGUGAGAAAUUUUCUGUGUAUCUUUUUUAUUUUUGUCAUCAUUGUGGACGUUUUUUUUGUUUUCUGUUCGUCGGCGGACGUGAGAGGGGCAGAGCUGCAGCUGCUUGACCUGUGAAAAGGUCACCUCACUUCCUUGUAGUAUGGAGGGAUCCCUUCUUCACUAGCAAGUGGAAAUGGUGCCUGAUACUUAGCAAGGAGAUCCAUUUUAUUGGUGCUGUUGGUUAUAAUUACUGUAUAACAACACAAAAUUCUUUUUAAAGGAGAAAAAAAAAAUCUGGGGGUUGGCGCCUGCUAUUGGUUCACUCUGCUAGCUCACGCGCCCCCCCGACCCCCACAGAGCAGAAAGGCUCGUCGGGCUUUUCUGGUUCUAGAUGUGCAAUCGUGUUAACAUUCCAUUCUUCCAGUCCUCUUGUUUCAUCUGUACCAGUAAACAUUAAUAUUAUAUUAUAUUAUUAUUAUUAUUAUUUGGGGUUUUUUUUAAGCUUUGUUGAUCUAAUGUGUUAUCUCAAGUAGAGCCACUAGUCAAAGAGUGUAAAAUGUGAAAUAUCAAAUCCAAGUUUUUCUUUCUUCUACUGUCUUUUUUUUUUUUUUUUUUGAAUUUUUUCCCCUUUCCAGAUAUAUUAGUGAUUUUUUUCUUUUUUUUAAGAGCGGAGAAAAAGCCCAACGCAAACAAACAUCAACUUUUUUUUGUACAUAAUCCUGUAAAUUUCUUUAAAUACUUGAGCCUUUUUUUCUGGGGUUGAGUAAGAAAGAAAGGAAGGAAGGACCAGAGAAAGAGAGAAAGUGUUCCAGAGGAGAGUGGUCGAUGAAGAAAAAGCCUUACGUUUUUCCCUUUCUUCAUCCAUGUGAGUUUGACGCUUACAGGGUUGCUCUGGUAAAUGUGUAUAAAAAUUUUAAGUGCUGCUUAUAUCACUAAGAAAGAAGAUAUCGAGUAGCCAACGACUGCCCCCGCCCCCCCUUUACCUGCCCUGCCUCCUCCCUGGCCUCCUGAUCUAGUUUUGUUUGUUUAGCUUUACUUUUUUAAAGAAAAGGGAAAAAAAUGAUAUGUUCACACAAAAAAAAUGGGUUUUUACAUUUUCAUUACUGAAAAUUCAACAAAAAUGUAGUAGCUACUCAUGUUGCACUGAGCUUGCCAGUGGUGACUGUCAAGGAAAAAAAAAUCCUAUAAUCCAGUUUGUUGGUUGUUGUCCCUUGCAGAAGACUGAACUGUUUUAGGACUAUUUAAUGACAUACCAAGUCGGGUGUUUUCAACAUUUAAAAAAAAAAGUGGUUGUCAAGUUUUUAUGGCCUUACAAUAUAUUUUAUUCAGAUGGGAUUUUCUUUGUUUGUCCUUCAGUUAUUUUUUUUUCUUUGUUUUUUUCCUUCCUUUUCUACAGUAUAAACUACUUUGCUCACAGUGGGGUCUUUGGUGACUUAAUUUAUUUGGUAACUCGGCCUUUCCCUUCAUUCGGAAAGAGAGUCUCAUGUUGGUUAAAUUGACUGUUUUUUACUUUUGCAGUUUGUACUUAAGGUUUAAUAAAAACUUACUGACAAUUCACUGUCA